CGUGUGACCAAAGCAAUCACCACUAUCGAGAAACUAUUAAAUAAUACAUUUUACAGUUGUUAUUAAAAAAUAAAAAUGUUUGUAUCCAAGUCAACUGUUGCCAUUUUGAUUGAACUAAAUGUAGUUAUCGAUUAAACAAAAACUGAUCACGAGACAACGAUAUUCUAGUUGUCUUAAACCAAAAUAAUAACCAUAAAUGGCUGGAAAAGGGAAAAAGAAGGAGAAAAAAGAUAAAGAAGAAGGUGGUGAGGAGAAAAAGGCGAAAAAGGGGGGAGGAAGAGGCAAGAAAGGUAAAUCCAAAGGUCGAUGCAACGCCGACAUGUUGACAGACGCCGCUAUGAAUAACGUAUACUAUGGCUGCCAUAAUGUACAAGAACUACUCCAAGCAAGAGGAUUCCAUCCACCAGAUUUUAAUAAAAAGAAAAAGAAAGGAAAGCGUUGAGAGAAUUAAUUUGAGUAUUUUCUAUUUGAAAGUCAUUAAUUAUGUUACUUAAUAUUUUGUAUUUGACUAAUAUCUAUGUUUUAAUACGUUUAAUUUAUAAUAAUAAUCGCAAAUUUUAUUUUAUUGUAUUCGGAAAUAACACAUAUGUACGUAAUAAAGGCAUCAUAGUUUAUUUUUAAAGUAUUUAUUGGACGAAUAAUAAAUAAUGAAUAUAACUAGAUGUUUUUAUUAUCAUUUUUAUAAUAACUAAUUAAUUUAAAUGAAAGUAACAAGUUCACAAUUUAUUAAGAAAAAUAUUCUGCUUUAAAAACUUUUUACACGCGACAAUGAAAAUAUAUUAAAGGUUUCAACGUCACUUUCAUCAUAGAG